AUGGCAGAUUGGACAAUAGAUCAAGUUGGUGAAUGGUUGAUAGAAAACGGUUUUGAAAAUAAUGUAAAAACAUUUAAGGAUAAAAAUAUUGAUGGCUUGACCCUAAUGAGAAUGAACGAUGAUAAUAUUUCACAAAUGUUAUGUAUAUUUGAUGAAGAUGGAAUUAUUGAAAAACCAACAACUGAAGUAAAAACUAAAUUUAAAGAAAAAUUAGAGGAUUGGAAAGUAAUGGUUGAAUUAGAACAAAAUAAACAAGUGAUCAAUAACGAAAUAGAAAAAUAUUCAACUAGAAUGUCUGCUUCUUCACCAUCUAUUAAGACAAGGGAUUAUUGGAUGGAUGAUGAAACUUUUUCAAAUAUGGGUUCUAUGGAAGAAAAUGAAGAAAAAGCAAAGUCUGAUGAUAUAUUAUCUUCCACUUCCUCCCUUUCGAAUGUGUCAUUCGAUUUAAGUAAGAUCGAUUCAUCAAAACAAGAGAUUUUGAAAUUACCUUCCCCAACAAUAUCCCCUGAUAAAGAUCAAAUAACUGACAUUACUACUAGUAUUGAUAAAACAAAAUAUUUAGUUAAUGAUAAUAUUCAUAUUCAAUUCUUCAAGAAUCCAAAAUUUGGUACAUAUCUAAUAGAAUAUUUACAACAAAAAAUAUCUGGUGUGAAAAUUAAAAUUGAACAAUCAUCAUCCAUAAAUGAUGAAUUAUUUUCAUCAUUCAACUACAUAUUAUAUUUAUCAGGAUCAAACCAAGACAUUGAAUCUACUUACGAUGAGAUCAACAACUUAUUUCAAACUAUAAAAAUAAAAAUAUAUAAAUCACUUCGAGUUAGAACAUGGUUACGCAAUCCAACAGCAGUUAGUAUCAUACAAGCAAUAAUGGAUAAUGAAAAUAAUCUAUUUACUGUAUGUCAAUCAAAUGGAAAAUAUAAUGAUAUUCUGAAAAUUUUCUAUUUUCAUAAUGAAAACUUUAAUUAUAUUCAAAAUAUUGAUAAUAUUAUUCAAAGUUAUAUUCGAAAAAAGAUUAUUACACUACCAUCAAUAGUUGACAAAAAUAUGAUAGAAAAAUCUAAAAAAAACACUAAACAUGAUACACAAUCAGGAUAUUCUACUACGUAUACAGAACAAUAUCAAAAUAAAUUAAAGGAAAUGAUAGAAAAUUAUAAUGAAGAAAAUAACAUGAUUUCUAUUAUUUUAAAUGAAAAAAUAUAUAAUAAAGUAAGAAAACAACAGAGUAUUCAUAUAUUUGGAUCUAUCAAAUUAGUUAAUGAAUUUAUACAAAAUUUUCAAAAUUUAGCUGAUAAAGAUACUUUUACAGUCUUCAAAUUCAAUCCCAUAACAUCAAUUCAAAUGGAAUAUCUUACAAAUAUUGGCUCGAAAGAUUUAAAAGUAAUAGAAAAAGAAUAUCAAAAAGAGAAUGCCAAAAUACGAAUACGAUAUGAUGAAUUUUAUGCACCAGAAAAUCUUAAAAAUGAUAUUGAACUUAGUAUGAAUACUUUAUUAUCUUCAUUAGAAUCAAUUACAUUUGAAUGUAUGCCAUUAUAUUAUGAUAUAGCUGAUAAAGAAAUUUUACAUUUGAAAAAUAUUGCACAUAAAAAUCGUUGUGGUUGUGAAUUGAUAUUAAAAAAGAAUUUAAAAUUAUAUAGAAUUCCAAAAGCUAUAGAAACAUCAUCUACAAUUAAUUUUGUUUCAAGAUCACUUAUUAAACAAUCUGAAUUAUUUUGUUCUUCACCUGUAGUUAGUCAACAAGCAAAAUCAUCGAAUGGAUCAAUUGAAGUUCUUAUUGGUGAUAUAGCAGUACAAAAGGCUGAUGUGCUUAUUAUUCCACUCGUAUCAUACGGAUUAAAACAAAGUCUUAUUGAGCGAGCGGGUAAUAUCAUAAGACAAGAACAACAAGUAGAGAAAACCGAAAAAGAUAAAAAUUCAAUUCCUUUCUUCAUUGAAACAACAGCAAGUAAUUUAACGUGUAAAAUUGUCUUAUUUUCAAACUGGUCACCAUUAAAAGCAGCGACGAACGAUGAUAAUUUAGUCGAACAUAUACGAAAAUUUAUUUCGAAAUCAAUUAAAUAUGUCAUUAUGAAAAAUGAACAAUCGGAUAUAAAAAUUGAAUCAAUUGCAUUUGCAGUACCUGAUUCAUGUAAAAACGAAAAUAUUUUAGCUGAAGAAAUGAUUCAUGAAACCAAGCAACAAAUUGAAUUAAUGAAAUCACCAUUAAAAAUUUCAUUUAUUAUAUUACCUGAUCAACAAACAUUGUAUCAACAAUUUUUAACAGCUAUUCAAAAGGUGCAAUCAAAUGAUGAUGUUUAUGCGGUAUUUUCCUGUCCAAUGUCAACUAUUACAGUUAAUUUGAUUUCAUCCAAUAAUGAAAAUUUAACAAAAUGUAAAGAAAAAAUAAUGAAUCAUAUAAAAAGAUCUAUGGUUAAAAUAAAAUUAGAUGAAUUCAAAGAUUGGAAUCAAUAUAUGAUCAAUGUUUUCUAUAAAUAUUGUUAUGAUAGAUGUGUUUUACUAAAAAUAGAUGAUGAUAAACGAAUUCGAUUAAUUGGUCCAAUCAAUAAUGUUUAUGAAGCUAAACAUAAAUAUCUAUUGACAAAUGCAUUAAUACAAGAAAAAAUACAUAUACAACAAUUAAUAAUUAAAAUACCACGAUCGAGAUCGAUCAUUCAACCUCAAAGAACUGAAAGUAUAUCAACUUCUGCGUGUUACAAUAUAAUGUUAAGUUAUUGUCAAGAAGAUUCAACUAUAUCUCAUCAUUUAGGUGAUCGUCUUAUUGAUGAAGGUUUUUCUGUAUGGAUUGAUUUGAUUGGAUCUAAUGAUAGUUUUUUACAAAUUAAUAAAUCUGAAUGUAUCAUUCUUUGUAUCAGUGAAAAUUAUAUUGAAAAUAAAUUUAGUCAAAAUACAGUAGAAUAUAUGAAACAAAUGGGUAAACAUAUUAUUCUUGUAAAAGUUCAAAAUUGUAUUUUGAGUGAUUGGUUACAACAAUUAAUUCCGAAUGAAAUAUAUUUUCAAAUGUUUGGAUCAGAAAAUUAUUUUGAUUUACAAUAUGAUAAAAUACUAUUAAAAAUUUUACAAUAUACUCAACCUGGGUAUUCUUCUUUACUUCAAAAAACAUCUCAUACAUCCAUUAUAUUACAACAGGAUGAUAUCAUUAAAUCUCAUCGAUAUUAUAACAUAUUCAAUUUUCUAUUGACACAAAAACAACGAGAGUCAAAUUAUCAAAAAUAUGUAACGAAAUUAAUGAGCUUAAAAAAAGGAAAAAUAAAUGAAGAUGAAAGAAAAAUUCUUAUUAAUGAACUUGAAGAAAUUAUUCGUAUUAUAGAAGAUCAAUGUAGACAAAAUAUUAAAGAACAGAAAAAAUCUCAUUAUUCUUACGAUGAUGAUCAAUCAAAUUUACAAACUUUAGAUGAUGAUGAAUUAAAAGAAGAUGAAUUGAAAACACAGAUUUUGUUUGACUCAGGAAUAUUAUCUUAUCAAUACAUGUUAAAAAAAGCACUAGACUUGAAGACAAAACAGAAUAUUCCACCAUGUACGGUAUCUGGUGAUAUCAAUGAUGCACCAUUUCCAAUGAUAGAUGAAGUUUUACGAAAUCCAAAAUUAAUAAUUUCUACAAGAGUAAAUAGAUUCCAAUGCGGUAAAUUCGAUUCUGAUUACUACAAACGACGAUGGACCUUUAAUAAUCGCUAUCUGAAAUCUUGGCGGAAACCGAAAAAAAAAUCUUCACAACAUUUAAAUGAUGAUAAGCCAAAUAUUCAAACAAUAACAAAUGAAACUACGAGUUCUCAUUCUUCUGAAAUGGCAGACAAAGACAGAAUAAGAAAAUUUCAAGAUUUUGGAGAAUCAAGAAAAACAAUCAAACAUCAAGUAUUAGUCAAAAAAGACUUGCCAAAGAAAAGUACUUAUUCAGAACAGGAAAUAAUGGAGUUUCGCAAAAAAUUUGUCCAACAAAUGAAAGAUAAUGAAAAUGAAUUGAUUAAACUUUGUGAAAAUAUUAACUUGUUACGUAGACCAUCAAAACAGCGUAUAUAUGCUAAUUUGAACGCUAUGUUUUCUUUAUCUACCGUGUCGGAUGCGAAACAAAAACCCAUUAAAGCAUUACAAACUCAUGGUUAUCGUGAAAUUCCAUUAAAAUUUCCCUGGAAUGGAGUAUUUGAUGCAAGUGCCUCGUCAUUGGUACAACAAAAUCUAUCAGCUUUGUUUUUUUUCGAAGUUCCACAAAAAAAAUAA